AAAAUAAUUAUUUCAAACUGAAUCUGAGGAACAGGUCCAUGCAUUCAUCUCAAGCAGGUUACACUACUGUAACACUUUAUUUGCAGCAUAAUCAGAAUCAUCAGUAGGACGACUUCAUUUUGUUCAGAAUGCAGCAAAUUUCUACACAGAAGUAAAAACAAAAACAAAAACGACCCCGCAGUGUUUAAAGAGGCGCAUUUCAGACACGAGUGGGACGUGCGCUUAGCGAGUACUUAUAAACUCCUACCACUUGGUGUCGCUGUGGACACAAAGAGUACCGAACCAAUCCGCGUUCGUGGUGCAGCUGACGACAUAACAGAUAGCCAAUGGACAUGGAGCUUCGCGGCUUGCCGUUUCCUCUGUUGAAUUUUGAAUUUUUCAACCAGAGCGACCCAAACAGUAGGAGAAUUUGAUAAAGGAGCAUCGCGCCCAAAUAAGGUUAAACCAUGAGCUGGGCGGUGGAGGAGUGGAAGGAUGGACUUCCGGGGAAAGCCCUGCAGAAGAUCCAGGAGAUGGAAGUCCAGCUGGAUAAAAUGAAGAAGGAGAAGACACAAAAGCAGUUUCAGCUGGACUCCUUAGAAGCCGCAAUCCAAAAACAAAAGCAAAAGGUGAGCUACCUGGAAGGUCAGCUUAACUCCUGCAGAAAAACCAUUGAACGACUCGAACAGGAGCUCAAGAAGCACAAAAAUGAACUGGAUCGUUCCCAGCCUGCUGGCUCUUCCUCACUGUCAUCAUCCUCCUGUGAGCUGCAGACCUACGCCACUCCACAGAAGAGUUUUCAGACACCAGCAUCGAUCCCAGCCUACAGACAGCAUGAUAAUAGACUAGAGGAGCUGCAGGAGAAAUACAACCAAGAGGUAGAAGAAAGAAAAAGACUGGAAAGUGAACUCAAAGUCUUGCAGGUCAAACUGUUGAAUCAGUCUUCAGUCAGUGUAAGCCACAAGGACAUUGCUGCCCGACAAGCCGGGUCUUCCAUUUUCCUAUGGCAACAGCAGGAUUCUGCCCAUCGCCGCCAGUCUCAGGACAUAAUGGAAACACCUCUAAAGAGGCGAGGGACAUCCCUUUGGGACGCCCAUGAGGAGACGCCAAUCAAACCCAGCCAGCGGAUGAGCUCUUCCAGAGCAGCACCAAGUCCCAGUGGAUCCUCUCAACAGAUGGAGCAACUAAAGACUUUGAACCAAGCUGCGUGGCCGUGUGUCAGAACUAGAGAGGAACUUAGCCAAUCAGGAGAAGGAAAUUCGUAACCAUGCGUCCAAACUGCAGGAACUUCAAACGCAGCUGAACCAGACCCGCAAAGACCUCAGCGAGCAGG